AUGCUGGAAAGAAAAAGACAAAGGAGAAAGGAAGAAUAUGAAGCAGAAGUUGAAGAAGCGAUCAAAGAAGAAGCAGAAGCAGCGAUCAGUGAUAAUUCCAUAAGCGAUGAAAACACAGAAACGACUGAGGAAGCGGCACUUAGCCAUAUUGGAACAAUUAUUGGAAAUUCCAAAGAUGCCGCAGUGAUGGACGGUGAGGGUACCUUGGGUCGUGGGCACUCGAAUGGGGGCCGUGGGCUGCGCCGUCAACGGUCCCUGGAAUGGCGAGAAAGGCGCGGAUAUGGUGGAACUGCGCAAUCAAGUAGCGAUGAUGAAGACAAUACUCGCCAUGGCGUUGGGCCUACUUCCUCAGGAAGCAGAGGUGCCCGCAGUCCCGGACAAGUUCUCGCCUCCCUAUUGGCCCAACAAUAUAACAAUGGUGAUGCAGUCGAUGAGGCAGAAUCAGAACCUGAAGAGAUACUUAAUGAACCCGCAAUUGAAAUGCCUUUUUUAAAUGAGAAUAAUAUUACAAAUCCUAAACUUCCAAGAGUUAAUGAAGAUCCCAUUGUCGACGAGGUUGAGGAUACCACAGAUACUUCUGCUCAUUGUCCUUUUUGCAAAGAAGCACAAUGUUUACACCUCUGCCAGAAACCAGAGGAGCCAAAACUGUCUCAAAAGUGGGAGAAGUCUAAAAAGGCCGUGAAACUUCUCCUGAAGUCAGGGGAGUCUGGAAAUAACUCAGAACUUCUAAAAAAUCCAGACGGAGAUCGCUCUUAUCGCACCGGAUCGGACACGGAGGGAGCAGCAACAACAGAUAACCCGACUACUCCAUUUCCGACUCCUCCUCCAACAUUGACACCGAAUCAUCGCCAGGCUUCUCCGUUUCCUCUCGAAAGUACGAAUGCCCGACGUCAUCACUAUAAUGGCAGUAUUUCGUCAGACAGGUCUCGGAGUGGCAACGGUGAAACGGUGUAUACGGCCCCGACAAAAAAGACAAGUUCUGCAGCUGCAGGUACCUUAAGCCGCAGAACACGGCGGGGUCAUGGAAGUGCUUUGAGCAGUAGUUCGACAGCGAGUGAUCGAUCUGAAAGUGUAUAUCCCGAUGAACAUGGUCGCAUGCAUCUUAGCAAUGACAACGGUAGAGAUUCUCCACCGGAACCGGCACCACCAGAAGUACCACCUCGUGGUCCGUCUUUACACGCAACACAUACCCUGCGUUCACAGCAAAACCGCAAUGGCUGCCCUCCAAAUGCAUCUGGUAAUUUCGCCCUUCCAUCGGAACCUGUGCAAUCUGAAGCCUACUCCGGUGAGUGA